AUGGCUACGUUUGCCUCCAAAGAUGAAGAUCUUGUCCAGUGCCCGUACGACCCAAACCACAAGGUGAAGCAAACUCGGAUUGCCAUCCACAUGUCAAAAUGUAAGAAAACCGUGGGCCGCCCAUGCCUCAGGCCUUGUUUGUUCAACGCAGACCAUCUCGUGCCGUCCAUGAAGAGCCUGUUUAUCAGUCACCUUGAGACAUGCCCUGACCGGUCGUCGACAUUGCCGGUGAUACGGCAGGAUGUGGACAGGCGUUAUGUGGUUCCAGUCGCCGGUGCUUCACGGCCGCUACCAGAAUCAGGAGAAAUUUGGGAAGCGGGGACCACUGCAACGUACGAACUACAGGAGCCAGCUGUACCUCCGGUCUUCCGACAGGUGCAUGGCAUGAAACCUGCGGAGCGGCGCCUGUAUUACCGCUCGCUUUUUCAGAAUGGCCCUCCUGAGCGUUACGCGCCAUCAAAGCAGCCGAAGUCCAAGGACAGCAUUCCCAGCUCCAGUCAGCCAACUAUUUCUGCUCAUGCACAGGCCGAGACCAGACAGCCUCGUGGUGCCCAGGCCCGAGAUGACCAUCCACGAUCUGUCCAUGCUGUCCAAGGUAACCAGCGCUUUGGUGGCCAGACAUCUCCAACUCCUGUAUGUAGCGGUGCUGACCCGUACCCUAAAACGACGGCUGCAAGAAGCGUGGAUGUGAAUCAAUUUGUGCAAAGGUUGAAGGUGCUGGGACGUGCUAGUCAGAAUAGAAAGUGA